AUUUUCCACUAAUAUCCCUUUUUCUUCUGCCUAGGGUUCUUCACUUUUUCUCAGUUGGGUCCCUCCCUCUAAACGCUAUCAGAUCCAGCCAAUUAACCCUCUCGGAUGAUUUUGUAGACGUAAUCUGCGUAUAGUUUCGUCUACAUUCAUCAUUGCUUAGAAAUUUCGAUUUCCUCGGCUUCUGAUUGGUUAAUUUUGCCCUGCAAUGCUGAUCAAGUUGGUGCACUGCUGAUCCUUUUGUUGUCGCAAUUGGUUACUCUUCACGCAAAAUCAGUUCGAUGGUGCACUGCUGAUCCUUUUGUGGUCGGAAUUGGUUACUCUUCACACAAAAGCAGUCCGCAUUUUUUCGAAUUGGAGUUCCGUCUUUUGUGGGUUAAAAGUUUUUUCGCUGUUGAACUAUAAGUCUCUGAUUAUUGAGGCAUUUUCUGAUUCUAUUCAUCUUAAUUUAUGCUUUUUAUAUUUAUGAAGUGGGUAUCUUGUGUGAAAGUUUGAGGCUUUGAGGACUGGGAUUUUUUUUUUCUUUUAAUGUUUGUUGUUUUUGGGCUGAGAAAUGAGGUGACGUUAUUUAUGCAUGGUCCGAGGAUUUUUAUCUGCUUGUUGGGUGGGGUAGGGAAGGAUGAAGAGGAUCAGAAGUGAAUCUCAGAGUGGAAGGAGGUUCAAAUUGUCACAUUUGUUAAUGGGGUUAGCUGCAUUAUACCUGAUUGUCAUAUGCUUGAAGUUCCCUAAGUUUUUGGAGAGUGCAGCAGUUUUGAGUAAUAAUGGUAAUGAUGUGGGUAAGGAGGGACUGCGAGUUGAGGUUGAAGAAGAUACUGAACUAAGUAAACCGCGUCUGAGCUCUGCUUAUAAGGAUGGCUUUCAUAGAAUACUACAAAACAAUGUGAACCAAAAUGCUCCUCCAAUGCCGCGUGAGGAAGCUUUAGAAGAGAAGAAAGGUGGUUCAACACCUGUUAACCCCCUUUCGCUUCAUUAUGGUAGAAUAGCUGCUGCAAUUUUGAGGCGUAGGAACAGAACAAGUGAUUUCUCCGUAGUAGAGAAAAUGGCAGAUGAGGCUUGGUCAUUAGGCACGAAGGCAUGGGAAGAAGUAGGUAAACAUGAUGGGAAGGAUAUUGAGAUGAAUGCCACACUUGAGGGGAAGCCUGAGUCCUGUCCUUCUUGGGUGUCGGUGAAUGCAGAAGAAUUGGCUAGGGGAGAUAAUCUCAUGUUCCUUCCUUGUGGGCUUGCUGCAGGUUCUUCAAUCACAGUGAUUGGAACACCACGUGUAGCUCAUCAGGAGUACGUGCCUCAGCUGGCGAGAUUAAGAGCUGGUGAUGCACUGGUUUUGGUUUCACAAUUCAUGGUUGAAUUGCAAGGACUAAAGGCUGUAGUUGGAGAGGAUCCACCAAAGAUUUUACAUCUUAAUCCUAGACUGAGAGGAGAUUGGAGCCAUCGACCAGUAAUUGAGCACAACACCUGCUAUAGGAUGCACUGGGGCAGCGCCCAAAGGUGUGAUGGUUUACCAUCCAAGAGUGAUGACGAAAUGCUAGUCGACGGCUUCUUGAAAUGUGAAAAAUGGAUGCGAAAUGAUAUAGUGGAUUCAAAAGAGUCCAAAAUUUCAAAGGAGUCCAAAAUCUUUUCAUGGUUUGAGAGAUUUAUUGGGCGUGCUAAAGUUCCAGAAGUGACCUGGCCAUUUCCAUUUAUGGAGGGUCGGAUGUUUGUGCUUACUAUUCGUGCUGGUGUUGAGGGAUACCAUAUCAUUGUUGGGGGUCGGCAUGUGACCUCAUUUCCAUAUCGCACGGGUUUUACUUUGGAAGAUGCAACAGGGUUGGCAAUCAAAGGUGAUGUGGAUGUACAUUCGGUUCAUGCCACCUCUCUUCCAACCUCUCAUCCAAGUUUUUCUCCCCAAAGAGUAUUGAGUUUCUCUGAGCAGUGGAAAUCACAUCCUCUGCCCCAUCAUGGUAUUCAGCUUUUUAUAGGGGUUCUCUCCGCCACCAAUCACUUUGCUGAACGCAUGGCCGUUAGAAAAACUUGGAUGCAAUCUUUAGCUGUCAGGUCCUCAAAUGUAGUGGUUCGCUUCUUCGUUGCCCUGAAUCCAAGGAAGGAGGUUAAUGCUGUUUUGAAGAAAGAGGCUGCCUAUUUUGGUGACAUUGUUAUUAUUCCAUUUAUGGAUCGUUAUGAACUAGUCGUACUCAAAACUAUUGCCAUCUGUGAAUAUGGGGUUCAAAAUGUAACAGCUGCAUACAUCAUGAAAGUUGACGAUGAUACUUUUGUUAGAGUGGAUAAUGUCCUUGAACAAAUUGAAGGAUUCUCUCCCAAAAGAUCCCUUUAUAUGGGAAAUCUAAACCUCUUGCACAGACCUCUUCGAACUGGGAAGUGGGCUGUUUCCUUCAAGGAAUGGCCAGAAGCAAUAUAUCCUCCUUAUGCCAAUGGACCUGGUUAUAUAAUUUCCAGUGACAUUGCAAAUUAUAUUGUAUCUCAACAUCUCAAGCGUAGUCUCCGGUUAUUCAAAAUGGAGGAUGUCAGCAUGGGGAUGUGGGUUGAGCAGUUCAACAGUUCUAAACCUGUCCAAUAUUCUCACAGCUGGAAGUUUUGCCAGUAUGGGUGCACGGAGGACUAUUUUACUGCCCAUUACCAAUCACCACGGCAGAUGCUCUGUCUGUGGGCCAAUUUGAUUAAGGGCCGGGCUCGCUGCUGCAACUACUGAAUUGGUAGGCAAUUAACAAUCUAUGGAUCUGGUUUCUCUACGUGUACAGUGACCUGAUAUUGUCUUCCUGAAAACUUCACUGAAAUGACAACUUUUCUGGUUGCCUGGCAUGGCUGGUGGUGUCGAGGAAUUGUUGGAAAGAUUUAUCUACUGACUUAAAAGCAGAGGGAAUUUCCCUUUGAACCAGUCACCUUAGGUUCUCUGUAAUGUAUCCACGCAAUGCACGGUAAGUUGUAUAGGCUUCAUGUCAGUUUGUACCAUGGAAUUAAAUAAUUAAUAGCAUUCUUGUUGUGGAGCGGGAAAACCUUUGAGCUUCAAGUUUUGUUCUUCACAAAAGUUGUGAAGAGUUUGGGAA